AUGUCUAACGAACCUCUUAUCCCUAAACGUUUACUCGAAAAAGAGCUAAGAAUUCUGAGCCAUAAUGGCGUAAAAGCAUUACCGGGGAAUGCAACUUUCAAAGGACUUCCAUCAUUACUUGAAAUAAUUCUGAACCAUAAUGGCUUAAAAGCAUUAACGGGGAAUGCAACUUUCAAAGGACUUCCAUCAUUACUUGAAAUGGAUCUGAGCUAUAACCAGCUAGGAAAUUUGACAAGUGGCAUGUUUCGUGGAAUUCCUGCAUUAAAGACAUUAUUCUUACAACACAACAACAUUACAGUCGUACAACACAAAGCAUUCAUCGGACUUCGCGGCCUCGAAGAGCUUGACCUGAGCUAUAACAGAAUUUUACAUGUGUUUCAUUUUUUCUUUGUUUUAAACAGCAAUCUAGAAGGAAACAACGUGACAUUGAUCAACAACACUCAAUUAGACAAAGCAAGUAACGUACAGCUUCAAAAAGCCGCCAGCGAGAUAAAAGGAUGCACGCAUUUUCUGCGAGAGCAAGUUGUGGUGCAGGUUCGAAAGAACAAGACCGCGUGUCUUCAAAGUCGAAACUGUACAGUUUUUCUUGUUACAAGAAAUAUAACUAAGACUUUCAGUAGUCGCUUUAAUAUUUGCUGGGAUGUUACUUAUAAACUUCGUCCUCUGUUGUUUGUCUUGGGAACUAGCGCGAUUUUGUCAAAUUUGGUUGUUUUCACAACUGUAAUGCGAGCGAAAAACCUUCGUAAAUGUUUACCAUUUUUGCUGGUGUCAGAGAUGGCUUUCUGUGACUUUUUAGUGGGAAUUUAUUCCGUUGGUAUGGCAUUCGGACAUGGGCAGAGUGUUCAUGAGUUUAAAACUUGGCAGACGAUUUACUGCCCUAUCUUCAGAAACUUGUUCAUAGUUGCUGAAGUCGUGGGAAGUCUGACGUCACUACUGAUGACGAUAGAGCGAUACAUGGCGGUUGUAUUCUGUAUGAGGCCUAGUGUAAGGCUCGGUCGCAAAGCUAUGGCAACAUCUCUGGUGCUGUUUUGGAUCGCGGGCGCAACAGCCGCAGCUUUGAUACAGAUUCUGGACGCAAAAAAUAACCAGAAACCAGGUCACAUGUGUUUGAUCCACAGGAACCAGUCCUUAAUAUCCACUGUAUUUGUGAGCGAACUACUGUUGCUGUGUUUGAUUCUCAUUUAUUUUGUUGUCGUUGUGUUGUAUCUGCAUAUUUUCAUCGUGGCGCGAAAAUCCGCUCGCAAUCUUGGCGUGCUGCGAGAGUCGAGAUUAGCCAAACGUGUAAGCGUCAUUGUUCUCACAAGCUUUGUGUUUUUCGCUGCGCCUAACUUCUCGCUGGCCUGGUUUACCUUUCGAGGAGGGAAUGUCUUCGAGGAUGCUCGAUUUAAUCGUACCCUCUUAUGGUGGCUCCCACCGGUAUGUUUGGUGGCAAAUGCUUGUCUAAACCCUUGUUUAUUCGCGUUUAGGAACGACAAAUUCGUGACAGCUCUGAGAAAGACGGGAAGCUGUCCUCUCGGAGAGCUGCUUAGAAGCAAAUGUAGAGUGAAGAAUGAUCAAGCAUACGACAUCUCUAGCUCGGUAGAUUCUGCGCUUACAACAUCACAAUGUUGCUUACCUCAGGUAGUCACAUUGACAAUGUUUUCUGCCGUUGAAGAACAAAGAAAGGGGAUAAGGAAUGACGCGUUGGAGCUAGGCAUUUGCCAAGCUUGAUCAAGAGACAUGAUUUACAGAGUACUAAAGUCAUGAAAUUUUUCCAGAGUCCUAGAGCCCGACUCUUCAUAUAUUGGAGCCCAGAAAAAAGAUGCCGAUUUAACAUUUGUGCCUUUUGUGCUGUUUCACUGCGAAAACUGUUCGCGUCAGUUGGUGCAUUGCGCGAGCCACGAUCAAAACCAACCUCGUUCCCAGGCUCUCUCUCAUCGACAAGGGAAGCAGAGAGUACGGGAGCGACGUUGGAUCAAAGCAUGGUUGUUCACUGUUUUAUUCUGAUCAUGAUUAAUAUCCCGGGGGGACUCCUAUAUAAAAGGACGGAGGUGCUCGCGGAAAUUUUGAAAAGAACCCCUAAGAGGCA